GUCACAGCAUCGAUAUUCGUUAAACAUUAUCUAAACGCUUUAACUUGGAGGAAACUGGUGAUGCUAGGUACUACAAUGGAAUCGGAUGGUAUAUAGUGUCAUUUCCUUUUCAUUUCUAGUGGUGUUAAACAAAAAGUGACGAAAAGAAAAAGAAUGUUUGGCUUCACGUUUCGGUACUGGAACUCUUCACUGGCGAAAACAGUUUUAGUUGAUAUGAUGGGCACUUCCUGUUUAUUGUUACUGGCGGGAAACUGAAGUCGGUAAGACAUCGGAGCCUUGGAACCAAAGGAGCACCGGACAGAAAAAAACCAGCAAAAUGCAACGAUCGAUUACGGCAUUUUUUGCAUCACCAAAGGUGAAAAACAAGGAAGAAGAAAAAACUGUAGAGCAGAAAAAGGACUCUAAAAAAAAUGUGCCAAAGAAAUCUCCCCUGAAGCCUAAAAAUUCAUCUCCACCUAAAAAGGACUUAGAUUCUCCUGUCAAAGUCCCCAACAAAAAGAAAAGUCGAGCUCGAAUUAUAGAGAGUGAUGAUGAUGAAGAGGAGGAAGAAAAUACUAAGGAGCCAGUAGCCAUGGAAACAGAGGAAAUGGAUCAAACAGAAGAUGUGAAGGUGUCCGACUCGUUAUAUUGA